CGAGCCUGAGUUCCACGAUAUAUAUUCCACUGCUGUUAUGCAUCCACAAACCAUUGACUUUCCUUUCUUCUCCGAGUCCUAUUAAAGUUGGGCGUCUGGGGCUCUUCUUGAAGUCCAUUCUAUCUACCCAAUCCUACACAUCCGAGUCACGAUUCCGAGCCAUGUCGCCGAGACCAAUCCUUAAACAAUGUCCACAACGACAGGAUGCAUUCCCGUUUUCUGCACAUUCGACGGCUCCCCCACCGCGCCGUGUUCAUUUCCCGCCAACGCCAACUCUUACUUCUACGUAUACUACCCACUCGUCGGCUACGUAUGAUCGGUCGCCUGUCCCAAUCUCUCCCAAUCAAUGUGCGCUGCCUGGGCGUCAUGAGCGGGAAUUUGUCGGCAGCGAUGACAGUCGAUCAUAUCCAACGGCCGAGGUCAAGGGAAGCUAUUUUCACCCUCGUGCCUACGAGGCAUGUACCCCGGAGCCAUCAGUAUCUUAUGAACCUGAAAGCUUAGUGACGCCACCCAAUACUGUGGUACGCCGAAUACCUGUCCGUUUCACAGCUGCGGACUCGAUGAUACCCUUUACACGACAUACACAAGACGAGAUUGAUACCACAUUUACAUUCAUGCAGCAUCCUUCGCAGGCGAAGGAAAAACGGGGGAUGAAGAGAAGCUCGCGUAGAAAGGGGACGGGUCAUUUGAGCAACGGCCAUACGGGGUUCGCCAUGCCUUCUCUGGACUAUGAUGACUGCCUAGGAGGAUUUUAAUCACACAUUUAUACCUUUGGCCGUUUGCACACUGGAAUCGAUACCCUCAAUUGUAUAACACAUACCAUGUAGUCGAUACGUGUGACUGUACACUGAUAUUAUAGGCUGGUGGGGGCACACCUUAUACCAGGGCAUUUGUGGCUCCAGAGAUGCGAAGGUGACAAGUGGUCCCCUAGACU